UUUCAUUUUAUAGGGCGCCAAUGCCUCGGCAUUAGAGAAAGAGAUUGGUCCAGAACAGUUUCCAGUCAAUGAGCACUAUUUUGGAUUAGUCAAUUUUGGGAAUACCUGCUACUGUAAUUCAGUUCUUCAAGCACUUUAUUUUUGUCGUCCAUUUCGGGAAAAAGUUCUAGCAUACAAGAGUCAACCUAGGAAGAAGGAGAACCUUCUUACAUGCUUAGCAGAUCUCUUCCAUAGCAUAGCCACUCAGAAGAAAAAGGUUGGAGUAAUUCCUCCUAAGAAGUUCAUAACAAGAUUACGGAAAGAAAAUGAGCUUUUUGACAACUACAUGCAGCAAGAUGCCCAUGAAUUCUUAAAUUACCUGCUAAAUACAAUUGCUGAUAUUUUACAAGAAGAGCGAAAGCAGGAAAAACAAAAUGGCCGUUUACCUAAUGGUAAUAUUGACAGUGAAAAUAACAACAGCACACCAGACCCAACUUGGGUUCAUGAGAUCUUUCAGGGAACAUUAACUAAUGAAACCAGAUGUCUUACUUGUGAAACUAUAAGCAGCAAAGAUGAAGAUUUUUUAGACCUUUCUGUUGACGUGGAACAAAACACAUCAAUUACUCACUGCUUAAGGGGUUUUAGCAACACAGAAACUCUAUGCAGUGAAUACAAAUAUUACUGUGAAGAAUGUCGCAGCAAACAGGAAGCACACAAACGGAUGAAAGUUAAAAAACUGCCCAUGAUUCUAGCUCUACACCUGAAAAGAUUUAAGUAUAUGGAUCAACUUCAUCGAUAUACAAAACUUUCUUACCGGGUAGUUUUUCCUUUAGAACUUCGUCUAUUUAACACUUCAGGCGAUGCAACCAAUCCUGACAGAAUGUACGACCUUGUUGCCGUUGUGGUUCACUGUGGAAGUGGUCCCAAUCGAGGCCAUUAUAUUGCAAUAGUUAAGAGUCAUGAUUUUUGGUUGUUGUUUGACGACGACAUUGUAGAAAAAAUAGAUGCACAAGCUAUUGAAGAAUUCUACGGGUUGACAUCAGAUAUCUCAAAGAACUCUGAGUCUGGUUACAUCCUUUUCUAUCAGUCUCGAGACUGAGGGGGAACCGUGAUGAAGAGAUACUUUCUGCCUCAUUUCUUCUCUGGUUAUUUUGGAAAGGAUCAAGCACCGAUUUUUUAAGAAAAGAGAAAUGCAGGAAGCUCAGGGGGCAGUAGCACACUUUGCACACAAUAAAGCAAAGACGAUGGAUUAACAGGCUCUUCCUAUCAUGGUAGUUGAUUUCUUUGCUCAGGUAUCAUGCUGUCUGCGCAGUUCCAUACAACAAGGAAGUGAAAUCAGAGAUACCAGCUCCUCUUGUAAAACAGCCUUCCGGUAAUUGACGUGCAUUUUCUCUUUGUUAAUUGCACCAAAAAUGAUUUGAACUCCUUGGGGGUGCAGUUGAAAGAAUAGGAAUCUGUGCUAGGUUGUAUUGGUAAUUUAGGUAGAUGAUAUUGAGCACACUGCAUGAAUUUGCCUGUGUUGAAUAUGUAUGGAAAGAAUGAAUAUUCGGUGGUCUUUUCAGGCGUAAACCAGAAAUACUUUUGGGCCCAACACUUGCAAUUGCCUUCCUGAUGUAAAAAACUAACAGAUACUAGAACCCAGUGUCAGGAGGACAAAUAUGUUUUGCUUCUCUGAAGAAGCUUAUAAUAAUAUACAGUAUAUGUAUAUGUAGGGAACAAUUGGUCAAAAGUGGCUUUUUGUUUCCCCAAGGGGAAAGACUGGCUUUGUAAUUAUAAUUUUUUUCCUUAUUUAUUUUACUGAAAACUGGUAGAGUCUAAGUAUUGUAUGAAGUGCCCAUGAUUCUGUCAGUAAAUUUGAGCAUAUUUUUAUUAGCUUUUGUCCGUUUAACUAGUCCUUUUGUUUGUUUCUAUUUUUAAGGUGAAUUUUAAACUCUUUUAAAUUGUAAGAUACCUUAAGAAAAAUUGCAGUGAGAGGAGGUAAAUAUUCUUUUUCAGGAGGAACUGAUAUCUCUGGCUAAAUAUUUGUCCUUUUGUUAUAGUUUAUAAGUCAGUUGUUUUAUUCAGCUUUAAUUUCAGUAAAAUAAAAAACUAU